AAUUGGACGCGCUGCUGCCGACGGCGUUCUCUGAUUGGCCACAGCGACGUCUCCAUCGCGCACGACGUUUCCGGCGGCCGUGUGCGCGCAGGCUCAGUUCGCUCAUCUCCGCUCUUUUAUUUACUCUCUCUCAUCUAAGAUGGCUGUCCGGAGCGACUCGGUCCCCCGAGCGUAGCAAGCGAGGAUGCUUUCGCCUCCAAAAUCAACUUUCACCCGGCCAUCUCUGUCCGCGAGCUUCCCCUGAGGUACGGAGGAGAUUAUAGCGUCCGUACGGCCUACCGGCGCCACAUACAUCCGCCUCGAAGCUCUCGAAAUCAAGUUGUUUGGCGAAGUCGAGCCCCGCCACCGAGUGUUUGUCCAAGAACCCUGAACAUCCAAAUGGCCGAACCGAGAAAAGUGCAGUUUGUCACCCUGUCGACCCUGGCCGGUGCUCCGGGAGCGGAGGGCAGGAGACGGCGGCUGGAGGAAGACGGGAGCGCGGAGAUGAACGUUGACAGAGAGGGCAGGAUGAUGAUGAUGGGCACCGGGGUGACGGCGACGGGUGACCGCGGGGGUUCGACCGAGAAGAGAGACGGCGACGAGCCCCGGGGGAAGACAGUGCGGCUCAAUUUGUGUUUAUCCGAGCCCGACGAGCAACGCUCGGCCGAGUUCAACUACAGCGAGCUUAUCCAGUCUCAACAGGCCAAGAAGAUUCCACAAGUUUCUAAGUCUUCCCUGGACCCGAACGAUCCUUUCAACGACGAUGAAAGAGAGCGUCGGGAAGUUGAGGCAUUGGCCAAAAAGUUCGAAAGCAAAUAUGCUAACACGGGUAAAAAGAGGAGGAAAGAUCGGAUGCAGGAUCUGAUUGACAUUGGCUUCGGAUAUGAUGAGAGCGACCCCUUCAUAGACAACUCGGAAGCUUAUGAUGAGCUCGUGCCAGCAUCUCUGACCACUAAGCUUGGAGGAUUUUACAUCAACACGGGUACUUUGCAGUUCAGGGCCGCCUCUGAAUCUGAAGGAGAGGAUGGAGGAAAAGACGAAAAAUCCAGGAUAAGAGCUGGAGAGAAGCCACUAAUAAAAAGGAGGAGGAAGAAAGAAGAUGGAACAAGUAUAGAGGAGAAGAAACCCAGGAAGAACAAAGUAGCAAAACAAGGAAUGGCUGGACUCAGCCUUCACCGUCCUGAAAAAAAGAAGAGGAAGAAACUGAUGAAGAAUUCUCUCUGUCUGGCGGCAAUGCUUCGCCGUUUCACGAGAGAAAAGGAAGAAUUGCGAAAACGUGACGCUAAGGCACCUCAAAUGGGACGUGGUCUUACCAGCACCCCAAAUUCCCAUAAUCUACUGCAGAAUUCCCAUCUCCACGGUAACGCCAGUAAUGACCUUUCAUUAGCAGACCUGACAGCUGAUCCCGCCAUGAUGUCAUUGCUCAGUUCAGCCAACGAAAGAGAGCUUCAGGAUCUCAUGAGUGACCUGGACUUUAGUUUUUUGGACGCGGGACUUCAGAUGCCCCCUUCAGUCAGAGAAAACGGGCAGGCUGAGUCGGGUCAAUCAUCUAGGCAUAAGAUGGGAGGAGGAGUGCUGGGUCGAGGGCUCAUCUCUCCUCCGCCUCUCCCUAAUGGACUUCCAGCCCCCUUGAUCAAACGUAUAGAAGACCUAAGAGCUGCAUCGAGGCAAUUUGAUCAAGAAGGCAGAAAGAAAUUCUUCACUCUGGAUAUGAAUAAUAUCUUGCUGGACAUCGAGCUGCAGGUGCAGGAGCAGCCAUCAGACGUCCGGUCACAGGUGUACUCUCACCUGGAAGCUUUUGUGCCCUGUAACAAAGAGGCGCUACUCAAACGCCUAAAAAAACUCAGCCUCAACAUCCAGGAUGACCGUCUGCGCACACCCUUACUAAAGCUCAAACUGGCCGUGUGCAGUGUUAUGCCGGAGCAGAUCGCCAGAUAUAACAUGGAUUGCAUGGCGAAAGUUGCUGCCAAGCAGCAGAUGGAGGACGGAGAGAAGAACGGAUCAGAGGAUGAUGAUGAUGAGAAACCAGGGAAGAGGGUGAUGGGACCAAGGAAGAAAUUUAUAUGGGAUGACAAACUCAGGGCCCUGUUAUGUAACCUGGUGCGUGUAAAGCUGAGCUGCUAUGAGCUGGAGCAAUGUUCUCUAUCUGUUGAAGACUAUCUCAAAGCCUUCAUGGAGAAUGAGGUCAAGCCUCUCUGGCCCAAAGGCUGGAUGCAGACCAGGAUGCUUUUUAAGGAAAGUCGUGCGGUACACGGUCACCUUACUGGCCUGGGCAAGAAAAGAAUUGUUCCAACCCCCAAAGCUACCAAAAUGGAGGUCAGCUGGACACAAAAACCACCUCCAGGUGUUGGAAGCACUUCUGCCUCUCCUGCCUUAGUCGCCCCUGCGUGCAUACCACCCUCACCCUCCGAACCCAUUUGUCUGUCUGAUUCACUGGACGAGGAUCUAGCUGCUAACUCGCUUGACUCCAUUUCCCAGGCUCUAGCUCUUCUUAGUAACGCUGCCAAGGGUCUGACGCCAAACAACGGCGUUCCUGCUUCCUCUCCUCCCGGAAUUGCGGGAUCCUCAUCAGGAGUCGGCCACUAUUCUUCUCCUCUUUCGCAUUCCUCCCAUUCAGCAAAAAUCGAGCCCUCUGUUAUCUCCGUGGCAAACAUGAGCAGUCUAUCUACCUCUCUUUCCUUAUCCUCCUCUCUCACCUCAUCUCCUUUGUCUUCCGUGCGAGGAGAGACCUUUGGGAUGCUAAAAGACACCGGGUCCUUGCAGAGAAAUUCAGCAAUGCCUGCUCACAGAACUAACAUAACCUCAGUGCAGAAUGCUAAGGCCCGCCCACCCCCAACUGCCUCACCCCUCCUGCCCCCCCAGCAGAGAUCCUAUGGGACGAUUGGAGUUAAGCCGGGUCUGACUCCACCCACUAUCGGACAGUCUAAGAACUGCGCUAACAAAUCUGGUACCGGCGUGAUAACUGGGGUUUCCCAGCAGCCUCGUAUGAACCCACACCCCUCGCAGAUGAACCCUAAAAGCCCUCAGCAGUCACGGGUACCCAAUUCCUCUCCCCCUCCGAAAUCUUCCUCUCCUUCCACCCUGUUAUCACAAUCCAAGUCACCUUCUAUGCCACACAGCCAGUCAAACUUUAUAACGCCCAUGCAAGCCACACUUACUAAGUCUUCCCACAGUAGUAGCUCUCCAAUCAUCAAACUCACACCACGGCCCCCAGCGCCUACUCCUCCUCCCUCUUCCUCUCCUUCCCCUUCAUCAUCUCCCUCCCUGACUCAUCCCAGACCCCAAAUGAUCACCAGCUCACACCAGUUUAACCCCAAGAACCAGGGCUUCAGACCACCGUUUACCGCACAGGGACCUGGAGUCAAGUCCGGAUCAGGACAGACAAGCUAUAGUUUUGCAGGUGGUCGAAAAUCCACAAGUCCACCUGGUGGUGGAGGAACAAACACUAUUACCAGCCCGAUGGCCAAACCCUUGCCUGCAGGUGGCCAGGAUGGUAGCCACUCCCCUUUAGUAGUAACAGCCAAUCACAGCCAGCGGCACAGGCCAGUGGGUGGGGCAAGCCAGAGUGCCAAGUCCUCAACGAGUCGUGCAUCAGGCAUGGCCCUACCCUCUCCUCCUGUCUCCUCUCACCUGUCACAGGUGUCAACAGCAUCAGGAAGCAACCUCUUGGGUUCAGUAAACCCUUCUCUCCCCCUGGGUUUUGGGAUGCUCGGGGGUCUAGUGCCUGUUUCUUUACCCUUCCAGUUCCCUUCACUACUCAACUUCAAUCCCCCGGGUUCUGGAGUUGCAGGUUGCAGUAAUUUAGGGGCUUCAUCUGCUACAAACUCAGGAUACACCCUGGCACAGAAUCUGUAUAAGAGUCUGCAGCCAGGGUCUCAGGUUGCUCUACCUCCCCACUUGCAGCUUGCUUUCUCAGAUACAAACCAAAGUCAGGGGGGAGACACCAAGAGGAAGCCCCACUGACCACCAGAAGCAGAAUGUACGCGCUGACAACGCUGAAGAUUGAAGUUUUUUUUUUUUAAAGCUGCUCUGAUUCAGAACUGAAAGUUUGAAUCGGUGUGAAGGAGGAAAGACUAUUACACUUUCUUUCAGAUUAAAUACAGAGGACUUUAUUAACAACCCUUUUUUUCAAAGUAACGUCAUACUGCUUUUAAUUGAUCAAUUAUCUGGAGCUGGGUGGAUUUAUAUUUUUUGUCAACAUGUUUACACAAGACCUUAAUCACUGUGGACACAGAGAUAAUUAUUGAGAGAGAAAAAAACGAAGCAACAUAAAUUUUAUUUAAGUUAUCGUCGGCUGGAAACGUGCAUUCCUGUGUUUAUUUUUAUUAGUAGAAUUGUUUUUUUGAGACUUCUAGGGAUGUUAUCGUCCGACCGGUUCCUAAAGACUGUUAGAAUAGUAGCUAUUAAUAAUACAUAUGGGUAAAUUAUUUAUAAUUUUUUGACACAGGGACUUACGAUGUUUAAUGUGUAUUAGUACAAUAAAUUGGGUAUGUAUAUAAAAUAUACAUAAAUAUUAUGUGAUCUAUUUUCUUUCAAGGUCAGUACGUACGAUGUUUCUCAUCUGUGUGUGCAGAUGUCUUGCUGUCUUUGGUGCUGUGUAUCUCACUGGACCUUGUGAAAAAUACUUGAGAGAAAAACGUCUUUCAUGGAUGAAGAAUGAAUCGUGUGCAAGCUUUUCGUAGAAAAUUAUGAGAUUAUAGUCUACUUGAAAUGUCUUUAUUUUGUUUCAGUACAGAAACUCUGAACACUUUCAAUAAAACGCCUUAGUUUGUAAGUUUGAAUAACUAUGCAGGAUUGUAUAAUGCUUCAAUGCAAAAGUAAGCUAUUGCUUAGCGCUUUACUUCUAUUAGUUGUGUGUGCAUUUUUGGUGUGAAGAUUGUGUGUCUCAAUACCUCAUCGGACAUUUGUUUCUUUCACAUUUCCCUAUUUGGGUUCCAUUUCAUCCCAUGUUUUUUAUUUCAAAACAUCUCUCAUUUCUCACCCGCAUCUUACGAUUGUGUUGAAAUGAGAAAUGGCACCAAAGAUAACAGCAUUAGCUAUGUUGACAAGAGACAGGUCAGGCGUCUGUGUGUGUUCAUUGUAGCAUUCUGUAUAGGUUUGUAGGCCAACCUAAAUGUGAGGUCUCUGGUUGUCCCUGUGGAUAUUGUGAAGAAUUUUAAAACUGAAUUUUAUAUAUUGCUUUUAUUUUCUAAAAAGCCAAAUUGGGCGGGGAUGAUUUGAAUUGAAGCUCACACCUUGGCUUUCUUUUAUGGGUAGAUUAUUUUUGUCUUUUGUCUUGAGUACAAGCUCUGAAAAUUAAUUCAAUAAAAAAAAUUAGUGGA